AUGGCAAACGUGCAGACUGAUCACCUAAAAAACAUACCACCUACCACCUUGACUGCAUGGUUGGCGCUGUGGCUGGGCAACUGGCUGCUGUGCAACGUGUCGCGGGCCCGAGCGUUCCGCGCGCGCCUCAAAGAGCCAUUCGACCACCACAGACAGGGCCCUCAAGGGCUGAUGUUCAGCCGGGGUUGCGGGGGCCGGGCGGGAGGGAGUGUCAGACUCUUACUGACUAAAAACCCCCUGUUCCUUCUCCUGUUCUGGGCCGAGGUCGCGGUGCCUCGUUGCGCUUACCCCGCAACCCUGGCUGUGCUUAACAUACUGCGGCCUCGAUCUGAAGUAGUAGAAGUAUCGGACGGUAAACGAGCAUAUGGAUUACCUGAUGGUAAGCAAUCAGCGCUGCCCAUGGACAUCCGCAACAACGGAGGACUGACGAACGUGUUUUUGGAAAAGCGGGAGAGCCAUGCUUCGGCACGAAUGUUUUGCCUCGAACAGAGUGAUACCACUGGCUCAAAGAAAAUCGGCGACAGCAAACAAGCAGACAGAUUACCCGAUGAUAAGCAAUCAGCACCGCCUCUGGACACCAACAGGCUAGAUACGAAUGCGUUGCUGACUUUUGGAGAUUUAGGGAUUUGGGCAGGGGAACCUCACUCAAACUUCGAAACACAGCACUAUAUGGUUGUUUCACGCCAGUUUUCUAUGAGGCCGUGGUAUCACUGCGAUCGAGCCGACCCAUUCAUCACCAUGGCACGUACAGCACUCGUCAUCAUCUCGUUCAUCUUAGCCAUCGUACCCUGCUUCUGCCAACGCCCAUUCUACGCUGGACUUCGGCCAAUCGGAUUCCCAGAAACCCCAGUAGCCACUGGAAUAUUCGACAGAUUUCCAGAUGAACCAAUACCAGCUCAACUCAACGGUGACAGGAAUUACGCCAACCAACUGAAUGCGUUGCCACAGGAUAAUCAACCUUUCUUCUUUUUAAAUAAGGACAAAGUUGCUGAAAGUUUAAAGAACCCUCAAACCUAUCCGCAAAGACCUAGUAUUUUUAAUGAAAAUAAUAGGAAUCGACUUUGA